AUGGAGCCUGCAUUUACGAGGCUAAAGGUGGCCGUGCUGCUCCUGAUAACAAUCCAGCUGAGGACAGAGGCGAUGCAGGUGACAUCCUCGGGGCCGCAGACUAUCCAAGAGGCCCAAGGAGUAACGAUCACCCUGGGCUGCACCUACACCCCCGGCCCCCAAGACACUGGAGAGCUGGACAUUGAGUGGUCCAACGUCCGCCCGGACAUGACGCAGAAAGACCAACUGCUCUUGGAAUAUUCUGGGGGCCUGACGCACCACUUCGGCGACCCCAGCCUCUCCAAAAGGCUCAAUUUCAUAACAGAUCCCAAGCAAGGAGAUGCUUCAAUCUCUAUCUCAGAUGUGAGGCUCUCCGAUACAGCCACAUACCAGUGUAAAGUCAAAAAGUCGCCUGGUGUCGACAUGAGAAAAGUCACUCUGGUGGUGCUGGUUCCCCCAUCAGUACCAAAGUGCUGGGUUGAAGGUGGUGAGGAGAGAGGCGGCACAGUCUCCCUUCGCUGCAAAUCCUCUCAGGGAUCCACUCCUCUCAGUUAUGUGUGGAGGAGGGAGAGCGGAGGGGCAAUACCAUCCACUGCAACCCAAGACCCACAGAGCGGGGAGCUUUUGAUAAGGAACCAUACAGACAGCAACAUUGGGAGCUAUGCGUGUGAGGCAAAAAACGCUGUGGGCACAGCACAGUGUAAAUAUGCGCUGCAUGCAUACAACCCUACAAAUAAAGUGGGCGUCAUCGUUGGUGCAGUGAUAGGUGCUCUGCUGCUGCUCCUCCUGCUCCUGCUUCUCAUCUGGCUCCUGAUCUGCUGCUGCCAUAAGCGUCGCUAUGAAAAGGAGGUCGCAAAUGAAAUAAGGGAGGACGUCAAGGCCCCAGAGAGCAGGCCCCCCAGUAGGCAAUCCAGCCGGCACUCCAGCCUGCGCUCGGUGCUGGGAUAUCGCACUCACCCUGGCGUGCAGUACAGCUCUGUGAGGGACUACCUGCCCACCGUCAGUGAAUCAGGCCUCAUCCACUCAGGAGGGAGUAACGCGGGGGACAAACCUGCUCACCUCAAAUACGACCACCGGUACGGAUACCCCGUGUAGCAGCAGGCCUGGCAGACAUUUGUCUUUGUAUAAAGCCACACCUUCUUUACAACCACCUUGUAAAGAACUUUGAACUUUGUAUGCUAUGUAAGUGAUAAAAGGUGCAAUAUUAUAUUUACCUGGAGAACAAUAGGAGUGCUGGUGUUGCUACUGACUCAUAAAAUCUUACCUCAAUUCUUACGCUGGACAAAUGACAAUUUAGGCAGUUUCUCAUAAUCGCACUUGUUAUUAUUAAACAACUUUUGCUAACACUGUAUGUAAAAUGUAAAUAGGUAAACAUAGGUAUUUUUAUGAAGGUGCUUUUUUUCUAUGAUAUUGGUUUGUUACUUUUUUUUAAACAAAAAUGUGUGAACAAUAAAGUAUUUUAACAGCCAA